CCGGAAGAAACUGUACCUACUACCCAGGAUCCAACUCACAGGGGCUACAUAGGAUCGGUGGCUAUAGCUCAGGUGCGAGAUCACGUACUUCUUGUGGAAUUUUUUGGUUAUCGACGUACGCCAUGACGAGUUGAGGCCGGCAGAUUGUGUUACCUAUAUAUCUUGCUACCAAGCUUGUGCUCUAUUCAGAGCACUUGCUUAUAAAGCAGAAAUUUUGACGUUUGCGUCUUUGUUCAGUUCACGUACAACGGAACUGAGGUGAGAUAGCAUCUCAGAUUGACUCAUUUAUCACGCUAGUUUUAUAAUACUUCUUAUCUUGUGUAAAUGUACCAACUCUCCCAGCGAUUCAAUGACCUGGGUCAUUCUGAAAGCCUUCGGCACUGUCCUGCCCACCUACUAUUUUUUGUGGUGGCCUUGGUCUCGGGGACGCGCAAAGAGACGCGUCUCUGGUGUGUCUGGCUAUUCCUAUUCCAAUCUGUGCUUCAAAUUGGAUCUCGGCGGCUACAGUCUUGCCUUGUGGCGCAAGCGGACGCUAUUCCUCGGUGUAGAGAAACACCACUCUUGCACCAAGCGGUCUAAGGGACAGCGAGAUCGUUCCUGUUGGGAGCGUGUUUCCUUUCAUGCGGAACCUCCUUGUUUUGGUGUCAAUAUUCCAAUUUGUUAGCCUCCUUCUCACAUCCCUCCUUCACACCAUGUGCGCAGCCAAGUUUGGCAGUCGAGCCGUAUCACCUUUUAUUCGGUAUGGUUUCUGCAUUAGAAGUUCCGACGCUGUCGUCC